AUGGCGGCGGCAACAUUGCUAACUUUGCUGGCCCGCAUGCUGUGGGUCGCUCAAGAAGCUACUCAUGGCACAGUAAGCCUAGAAUCAAGAGGAUCGCACCUCUGUCUUUCUUCCAGUCUCACUGGUACAGUAAACAUGAUGCCGCCGCUUGCGAAGCUCCGUGGUGGUGGCCCUUUGGACGGUGAUCACAUUUUAGGGGAUGAACUACCUGCAGGGAUUUCCAAGCGGAAGGCAUUGAAGAUCAGCCUGCAACGCAUUUGCGCGAGGUUGAUGGUCAGCACAGAUGACAGGGAGAAAACCAAGCUCCGGGCUGAGGAGAUGAGGAUCAACGACGAACUAGAGCUAGAGCGUAUGCGAGUCGAACAAAGGCAACAAAGGAAGAAGAUCAGAACCAGCAAGGAUAAGGAGGAGAAAGCCGAGCUGCGGGCUGAGGAGAAGUCAAUGAAAGCCGAGCUGCAGGCCCAGGAGAAGUCAAUGGAAGCCAAGCUCGAGAUCGCGAGACAGAGGCUGGAUCUAGAACAGCUACGGGCGAGGAUUACCGCCAGCAAGGAUGAGCAGGAGAAAGCCGAGCUGCAGGCUAAACUGAUUCGAAGUGAGGAUCAGUUGCAAAAGCUUAUACUACUCAACUUGGGGUAUGUGGAUGACUCACCGUAUCUUGUCUACGAUCAAAGUAAGCAGUCAAGAGAUUUGCUUGAUUUUGUGUGA